UACUUUGCAAGUCACUUCUUUAUGGGAGGUGAGAAGUUUGACACCCCUCACCCCGAGGGCUACCUUUUUGGUGAGAACAUGGAUCUGAACUUCCUCGGGAAUAGACCUGUUCAGUUUCCCUAUGUAACUCCAGCUCCACAUGAGCCAGUGAAGACGCUGAGGAGUUUGGUGAAUAUCCGCAAGGACUCUCUGCGACUUGUGAGGUAUAAAGAUGACGUUGACAGUCCUACGGAGGAGAGCGGGAAGCAGAAGGUCCUGUACAGCCUGGAGUUCACCUUUGAUGCAGAUGCCCGUGUUGCCAUCACAAUCUACUGCCAGGCCACGGAGGAGUUUGUUGGUGGCAUGGCAGUAUACAGCACAAAGAAUCCCUCUCUGCAGUCGGAGACGGUUCAUUACAAGAGAGGGGUAAGCCAGCAAUUCUCCCUGCCUUCCUUCAAGAUUGAUUUCUCAGAGUGGAAGGAUGAUGAGCUGAACUUUGACUUGGAUCGUGGUGUGUUCCCUGUGGUCAUCCGAGCAGUGGUGGAUGAAGGGGAUGUGGUGGUUGAGGUCACUGGUCACGCCCAUGUUCUCCUGGCUGCAUUCGAAAAGCACGUUGAUGGCAGUUUUUCUGUGAAGCCCUUAAAACAGAAGCAGAUCGUUGACCGGGUGAGCUACCUGCUUCAGGAGAUCUACGGCAUCGAGAACAAAAACAACCAGGAGACCAAGCCUUCAGACGACGAGAACAGCGACAACAGCAACGAGUGUGUGGUUUGCCUGUCGGACCUGCGGGACACCCUCAUCCUGCCCUGCAGACACCUCUGCCUGUGCAACUCCUGCGCUGACACCCUGCGCUACCAGGCCAACAACUGCCCCAUCUGCAGGCUCCCCUUCCGUGCCCUGCUGCAGAUCCGGGCGGUGAGGAAGAAGCCGGGGGCUCUGUCGCCGGUGUCAUUCAGCCCUGUCUUGGCACAGAGUGUUGACCAUGACGAGCACUCUAGCUCUGACAACAUCCCUCCCGGCUAUGAGCCCAUUUCCUUGCUGGAAGCGCUGAAUGGGCUCCGCUCCGUUUCCCCCUCCAUCCCCUCUGCUCCUCUGUACGAUGAGAUCAGCUACUCCGGGGUGGUGGAUGGGAUCCCUCCCGCCAGCCGCCCGCUCGUGGGCAUGGACAGAGCCCUGGAGAGCGGCCACCAGAAGGGCAAGCGCAGCAAAUCUCCAGACAGCACACUACGGUCCCCCUCGUCCCCAAUCCACGAGGAGGACGAGGAGAAGCUCUCCGAGGACUCCGACUCGCAGCCGGCGCUGAGCGGGGGUGAGCUGGUCCUGAGGGAGACCAGCUCUCCAGAGAGUGUGGCAGGGGAAGAGAUGGAGGAGGCCUCACCUGUGCAGCAGGCUCUACACAAGUAG